AAGAGCGAAAAGGGGCUCAAACAAAAUCUCCACUGAUAUAUAUAUAUAAAUCGUCGUAGACACUCUCUUUCUCUCUUUCCGCGUCAAUCUCUCUCUCUCUGAUUCUUCAGUCUCCGCCAUGGCGGAGAAUGCUUCUUGCAGAUUGAAUCCUCAGCUAGAUUUUCAGAAAUUACAAUUUGAAGCCCAACAUCGCUGGUUGCGCCCUGCAGAAAUAUGUGAAAUUCUUCGUAAUUAUCGGUUGUUUCAAAUCACAUCCGAACCGCCUAAUAGGCCACCAAGUGGUUCACUUUUUCUCUUUGAUCGGAAGGUUUUGAGGUACUUUAGAAAGGAUGGACACAGUUGGAGGAAGAAAAAAGAUGGAAAGACUGUGAAGGAAGCUCAUGAAAAGUUGAAGGUGGGAAGUGUUGAUGCGCUGCACUGUUACUAUGCCCAUGGAGAAGAAAGUGAAAAUUUUCAGAGGCGAAGCUAUUGGAUGCUUGAACAGGAUAUGAUGCAUAUAGUAUUUGUCCACUACUUGGAUGUUAAGGUUAACAAGACAAAUAUUGGUGCAAGUACAGAUUCUGAUGGCACUAGAUCAUAUUCACAUCGGGGAAGGUCUGUAUCAUCUGGUUUUCCCACAAAUUAUAGUAGCUUGCCUUCUGGAAGUACAGAUUCCAUGAGCCCAACUAGCACAUUGACAUCUUUAUGUGAAGAUGCUGAUUCAGAGGAUAUUCACCAAACAAGCUCAGGAUUACACUUUUUUCGCAAGUCACAAAAUAUGGAGAAUGGUCAGCUGAUAGAUAAGAUUGAUGCUCAUUCAAAUAUUUCAUAUCUUACACAUCCCUUUUCAGGUGAUCAUGGACAAUUCGGACAAGAUUAUAUCCCACUUGUUAAGGGGGAUAAAUCUAGACCGAGUGACAAUAAUUAUAUCGAGGGGCAGAGAGCACAUGGCAUGGCAUCCUGGGACAAUGUCAUGGAGCAAUCUGCUGGAAUGCAUAUUGAUCCAUCUAUGGUAUCAGUUACUUCCAUCCCAUCAAGUUCAAUGGGAAACAUUGUUGAACAAGAACAUGCUGCCCUCACUGGAGAGGCAGAGGCUUCUCAAUCAUUCCAAUCGAAUUGGCAGAUUCCUUUUGAAGACAAUACAGGAGAGUUGCCUAAGUGGAACUUUACCCAAUCAUUGAGUGUGGAAUUUGAACCUGAUACUGGUUUACUGGGAAAUGAAACUAAUAACGCAAGUCCAAGAAAUGUUCCUGAUCUGUUCAAUUUUGAUUGUGAUCCAAAUGAGCAGUCUGUGCAGCAAAGCUUCUCAAAGCAGCAUACAUAUGCUGGAGUUUUUGGUGAAGGAUGUAUCAGCUAUCCCUUGAGCACGAAGCAUGCAUUACUGGGUGAAGAUGAGAGCCUGAAGAAGGUUGAUAGCUUCUCUAGGUGGAUUAUUAAAGAACUUGCAGCAGUGGAUGAUAUGCAAAUGCAGUCAAGGAAUGCAGAUGAAUGUGGGAACGUGAUAAAUGAUACCUCAUUUGAUCUGUCCCGAUCUAAAGACCAGCUGUUUAGCAUACAUGAUUUUUCACCUAAGUGGGCUUAUCCUGAAUCUGAAAUUGAGGUCUUCAUUAUUGGAACAUUUUUAACGACUCAACCAGAGGUUGCAACAUGCAACUGGUCCUGUAUGUUUGGGGAAGUGGAAGUUCCUGCUGAGGUCUUGGCUAAUGGAAUUCUGUGCUGUCAAGCUCCACCUCAUGAGACUGGACGGGUCCCUUUUUACAUAACAUGUUCCGAUAGGCUUGCUUGUAGUGAAGUUAUGGAAUUUGAGUUCAAAGAAGGCUUUUCUGAAAAUGUAGAGGUAGAUUUUUUCAACAAAAUGCAGCUUCAUUUGCGACUGGAGGAGUUACUUUCUUUGAAGUCAGUAGAACCUUCAAAUGAAGCUUUUGAGGAUGAUUUUCAGAAAAGAAACUUAAUUUAUAAGCUUAUUUCACUGAAAGAGGAAGAGGAAUAUUCGAGUAAGGAAGAACAAACUGUAGAUAUGGAUAUAUCAAAACACAAGUUAAAAGCGCAUAUGACUCAGAGUCUGGUUAAAGAGAAACUGUAUUCAUGGCUUCUUCGCAAAGUAACCGAAACUGGUAAAGGGCCAUCUGUAUUAGGUGAGGACGGGCAAGGUGUGUUACAUUUAGUAGCUGCUCUUGGUUAUCAUUGGGCCAUAAAACCAAUUGUAACUGCUGGGGUUAAUAUCAACUUCCGCGAUGUGAAUGGAUGGACGGCGCUGCACUGGGCUGCAUCCUGUGGCAGAGAGCAAACAGUUGCCGUCCUUGUCUCCAUGGGUGCUGCGGCUGGAGCAUUGACAGAUCCAUCUCCAGCAUUUCCUUCCGGAAGAACAGCUGCUGAUCUUGCUUCCAGCAACAGCCACAAAGGAAUUUCUGGUUUUCUAGCAGAGUCAUUAUUAACUAGCCACCUCGAAUCACUCACAGUGGCUGAUCCGAAUGAAGAUUUUCAGAAAGAAACUCCUGGAAUGAAAGCAGUGCAGACAGUUUCCGAGCGAAUUGCGACACCUGUGCUUCAUGGUGAACUACCCGACACUCUCUGCCUUAAGGAUUCUCUUGAUGCUGUUCGUAAUGCUACACAAGCUGCGGAUCGUAUACAUCAGGUAUUCAGAAUGCAAUCAUUCCAGAGGAAACAGUUAGCUCAGUAUAUUGAAGAGUAUGAAGAUGAUGAUGAGCUUGGAUUGUCUGAGCAGCAAGCUAUUUCCCUUCUAGCUUCCGAAACAUGCAAAUAUGGACAAGGAAAGGGGUUGGCCAAUGCUGCUGCGCUACAAAUACAGAAGAAGUUUCGUGGUUGGACCAAGAGAAAAGAAUUCUUGUUCAUUCGUCAAAGGAUAGUCAAAAUCCAGGCCCAUGUAAGAGGUCACCAAGCAAGAAAGAAGCACAAACCAGACCUCCUUUGGUCCGUGGGAAUCUUGGAGAAGGUGGUAUUGCGGUGGAGGCGUAAGGGCCAUGGUUUGCGUGGAUUUCGACCAGAUGCCCCCAAUGAGCUCCAGGAACAACCAGGUCCUUCGAAUUCAGAAGAGGAUGAUUAUGAUUUUCUCAAGGAAGGAAGGAAACAGAGUGAAGCAAGAUUCCAAAAGGCCCUUUCAAGAGUGAAGUCUAUGGUUCAGUAUCCAGAGGCUCGGGCUCAAUACCGGCGUGUGUUAAAUAUAGUAGAGGACUUUCGUCGAACCCAGCAGGAAUCUAAUCAGAACUCAAUAAAUUCGGAAGAGGCAGUUGAUGGUUUGGAAGAUUUGAUUGAUAUUGACAUGCUUCUAGAUGAUGAUAAUUUCAUACCUUUAGCAUUCGAUUGAUAUUUGCUCUCUGUUGUAAAUAGAUGGCCAGUUGGUUUUAUUUGGGGAAUUAGAUUUCCCACCCCCUGUUUUAGAAUUGCCACCCUAGCCUUUUUAAAAAAAUGCCGGGACUACCCUCCGGGACUUAAACCUCCAUACCAGUCCAGAGGUUGAUGUUCUGGACUAUUCCGAGAGUUAAAAGUUCGGAUUCUUUAGUUACAGUUAAAAUAACAUGAUCGGUGUCGUGGCCGUCUUGGAGGACUUGCCUAACGAAUUGUUGGGUUGAAAUGUUUGGUUUGUAAUUGUGGUGGUGGUUGAGAUUGUAAUUGAUGAAUAUGCCUUUUGGUUUGGUCUUAA